UCUGUGCGGGCUAGUGGGCCACGGAUGUGCUUUUAAACGCUUUCUUCUGGUCCGAACCGAACCUUAGCGAGGCAUUUUAUUGUUUAAGGGUUAUUCCAAGAAAUGGUGGUGUUUGGGGUGCUCGUUUAAACCUGGUCCGGGUCUUGUGGGGGACGGAAGAAGCCACCGGCAGAGGACAAUACAGUCGAACCUCUUCCAGUGUAUGUGUGGCAACAACAUGUCUGUGCCGCUGCUCGCCGAGGCUGUGACGGUGUCUGGGACGGAGAAGGAGACUGCGGCGGUGAUCUUCCUUCAUGGAUUAGGAGACUCGGGGCACGGCUGGGCCGACACUCUGUCGGGGAUCCGGCUGCCUCAUGUCAAGUUUAUCUGCCCUCACGCGCCAAAAAUCCCUGUCACUCUUAACAUGAGGUCCCUGAUGCCCGCGUGGUUUGACCUCAUGGGUCUGAGCCCCGACUCUCCAGAGGACGAAUCUGGAAUCAAGAAGGCUGCAGAAAACAUUAGGGCCAUAAUCGAACACGAGGCCAGAAAUGGGAUCCCUCCUCACCGUAUAAUCCUUGGUGGUUUCUCUCAGGGUGGAGCUUUGUCUUUGUACACCGCUCUGACCUGCCAGCAUCAGUUGGCCGGCGUGGUGGCCCUCAGCUGCUGGCUUCCUCUUCACAAGAGUUUCCCUUCGGCAUCGAGUGGCAACAAGAACAUCCCAAUCUUGCAGUGCCACGGAGAGAUGGACAUGAUGAUCCCCGUGCAGUUUGGUGCCAUGACGGCAGAAAAACUCAAGUUCAUAGUUAACCCUCAGAUGGUCACCUUUAAAACCUACCCAGGGAUCCCUCACAGCUCUUGUCCUCAGGAGAUGGCGGCUGUAAAGGAAUUUAUUGAGAAGUAUUUGCCCCGGAUUUGACCUCGCCUCAUUCCGAUUGUGCCCCUGUUGACACCUUCCGAGACACUGACCUCUGACCCCUGAUCUGCUCUCCUCCUGCAGGAAACAGCCAUGAGCACCCCACUCUUCCACUUCCACAAACACACACACAUAUGCAGACUCAUUUAACAGAUAAUUUAAUCCGCGCAGCUGAACUGAGCUCCUCAUUCGCUACAACCUGAAAACGUUCUUGGAGUUUUGGCCUUCGGAGGGAGAAUCUCGGACUCUUACUGCACAUUCCCUGUUUUUUAAUUUAAACCCUCCAUCGGCUGCCUCUGUUCCUCUUCAUUUUUUACCUCAUCUUGUCCUCUUCUAUCAGCUUCUAUCAAUCAUAGCCUCACUACCACGCUUCCUUUCCAAGUUAUUGGAAAACCAGCAAUGAGUCCGAGUCAGAUCAUCCAAACUGCUAGGGGCGCUGUCAGGCUGGUUUUCAGUUCUGCUUCCAUUUCUGCAGAACCUGGAUGUUUACAAACAUCCUUCUCCGACUCCUCCGAUGCAGAAACAGAAUCUGCUUAAAGCCUUUUCAGAGAUGUAUGACGAUUUGUCGGUCAGGCUUUUAAUUAACAGGAGAAUUUGCUUCUGAGUGUUUGCAGUUCAGGCAAGACUAAAACACGAAAUAAUUAAUCAAUUCCCUGAAAGGAAACUUUUAGCUUAAAGGAACUAAAAUCUGAUUUAAAACCAUUUCAGGUAUGAAAUAUGCAGCAGGUCAUAUUUCCACAUCUGAACGUUUAAUCAGCACUUUUUGUUCGUAGCUCCUAGAUUUGGCCAAUUUGUUGCAUUUUCAUCUUGGAAAGUUUGAAGAACGUUGAGCUGGCUGAGACUGUCCACCUCUGGAUACCUGUUGCCUUCAGAUGUUCACUUUCAUGUGUUUAGUUUACCUGAGCAGGGUACAGAACUCAUACAUAAAGGUUUUAUUACAAGUGUAGUUGUGACGCCGGCUACCUGCAGAGAGCUUGGAAAGAAACAACAAAACAAAGAAAUGAAGUUUAAACUCGUCAGUCAUUUGUUCAUCAUGAAGAUCUUCUGAUUUUAAUACCAAGGAACACUGCAGGUAUCCUCUAACUGGGGUUGGGACCCCAGUUGGGAUCAGGAAUCAGUAGGUGUUCAGAAAUACCAGGAAAUAACAAAAAUAGUCACGUAAAAAGGAAAUUAGAUGAAAAUAGCAAAAACAAAUGGAUAAAAUAAUAUAUUGGUUUCUGGUACCAAACAGAACCUUCAGCAGCAAGAUGUUUCUGAGCAACCGUGUUUCAGUUUGACCUUCUUUUAAAAACACCGACUACUUUCAUAUAUUUUCGAUAUUCUAUAAUUUUCUGCAGGAAAAUCUGUUUAAAUGACUAAUAAAGAAUACCUACCAGACAGAAGUCACUCAGCUGUUGUGUCUUGACCCGAGGUCGUAAUCUGUCCUGUUUUAUUCGAGUCAACUGGCCCAAAUGGCUAUUAGAACCAAACCGAAUGGGAAUUAGCUGUAAAAUGAUUAUUUCUUUAAUCAUGAAAAUGGGUCUUUACAAUAAAAUGAAACUAUACCAUAGUUUGGGUGGAUGGGUUGAAAGGGGUUUGUUUACAGGGUUGCAAGGAUCCAAAUGACAAUGUGAAGGUGUGAGAUGAUUCAGAGCGGCUUGAUGAUGCUGCGUCGCCGUUCCCUCGUUCUAUUACUGCUGUAUCAACCCAGUCGGUCACCAGGCAGUCGAUGUUCUGUAGGUGGGAAGCUGAAAGGUUUAGGAAGCACGGCUCUAACCUGACUGAAGCACUUCAGGAUUAUGUUGGUGCUCAUUCCGACUCACCGGUGAAACGUUCCCAUUAAUCGUGUCUGAAAAGGAAUCUCUGCACCAACAGAGAUCAUGAUGGAAUUAAUCAGAACCGGUUUUGGACUCCUUCUUGAUCUGGUUGUUGCUGCUUCUGCAGCUUAUGAGCUCCACAGGGUCUGACUCAGUUACUGGGAGAGCUGGUUUUCCACCUUCGCUUUCAUUCCAGUCUGCAGCCUGUCCGGGUCUUUUUAUGGAAAAACUGUUGAGUUUUUUAGUAAACGUGAGGAAAUGCAGGGACUUGAUCACAGUUCCUGUCAGCCUGCGCUGUUUCUGCCAGAACUGUCAAACCUUCAUGUUGAUUCUGUUUCAGACUCUAACUUUCCACAAACUGCAGGCAAAUAAAGAGGAACAUCAGACCCGCACAGACUGCACAUCAUCAGUCGUUUCACUGUACCUUCCAUCCAUCACUCCGUUAUGUUGGAGCAGUUUCUGACCCUUUACCCUCCUCCUCAUAUUCCUCCACGAUGCCAAGGAGUUCCUGAGUUUCAAACCCUGUAAUCCCAGAGAAAAUCCAGAACGUUCCUCCUGCUGUAAGCUGUUAACAGAAGGACAGAUUUAAAUAUCUAAAGUUAAACUCCAGUUAAUGUUUUUAGAAUCGGUUAGAAGCUUCCAACAUGCCUGAAAGGAGGUGAAUUUCAGCAGCUUUGUGUCCGUGGAGAGGUAACAUUGGCCUUCCUUUUCUGUUUGGGUUCUGAUCUUCUCAAAGAUCAUUUGAAGAGAAGGACAGACAUCAGUUUUGAUUGUUCACAAAUCGAUGAAUGUUACUCCCUGGUCUCCUUUAGUGUUUUCAUAUUUUUGAUCCUGUUUUAGGUUUUUUUCUGGAAUCUGUUCCUGUUUUUUCUGUUUGUGAUUUUUCUUUUUUCUUUGGUCAUUUUGUUAAUGUUGCUGUGGUUUUUUUUUUUUUCUUCACUGAUGUCAUCUCAUCCUGUUUUUGUCUGUUUAUGAUGUUGAGCGUUAAGAUGUGUUGAGGUGAGACUGAUCAUCUCUCUGCUCAUUUUGUUCCCAAAACGGCUUUCUGCAGAAUAAACGAUCCCAAAAACAA